UCAGCAGUUUGAGCACUUCGGCCGCUUUCUCGGAUCUGUGCUCGCGUAAAUGUCGCUGGAUGUCGCGGAUCCAAGCCACCCGCUUGACGUACGGGCUGCGGUCCCGUUUGCGCAGCAUCGCCGGCAGCUUGUCGGACUUCAAUAUCAACGAGGAUGUGGCCAACAUAACGACGAAGAGCAAGCCAUUUGUUGCAGAGGACCCUCACACACGUCGAGAUUGCAGCAUUCUCAAUCGCGCCAAAAUGGUGAGGGUGACGAUCGUGCUGGCAGUAACGCUGCUGCUGCUGGCGGCCGCGGCCAUAUUUGUGGGCGUCUACUUCGGCGUGGACAGGAAAACCCGCCCGAGCGACCACGUGUACUCGAGGGCGGCCGUGGCGGCGGACGCUGGACCGUGCUCGGUGAUUGGCAGUGACACACUGAAGAAAGGAGGCUCGGCAGUGGAUGGCUGCAUCGCAGCUUUGCUGUGUGUCGGCCUGAUGAACGCUCACAGUAUGGGCAUCGGGGGAGGGCUUUUCAUCACCAUCUACAACGCAACAAGCGGCACGGUGGAAACCAUCGACGCUCGGGAGACGGCGCCUCGCAAUGCAACCGAGAACAUGUUUGGAAACAGCACUGAUUUGUCCCAGAGAGGAGGUUUAUCCGUCGCUGUUCCGGGAGAGAUUCGAGGUUACGAGCUGGCUCACAAGCGUCACGGCAAACUUCCUUGGAAGGAUUUGUUCGCGCCGAGCAUUGAUCUGGCGGAGAAAGGAUUUCCUAUAGGCAGGCCGCUCGCCGUCGCUCUGGCCAAACAUAAGGAAACCAUCAUCAAGGAUCCAGCCUUGUGUGAGGUUUUCUGUCGCAGCGGCGGUGUCGAUGUCCUGAAAGAAAACGACACCGUUCGGUUUCCCAAACUUGCCGACACCUACAGGAAAAUAGCGGAAGGGGGCGCUGACACUUUUUACCAUGGAGAAAUCGCAACCGAUCUGGUGGCAGAUAUUCAGGCAGCAGGCGGAAUCAUCACAAUGGAGGAUCUGAGGGAUUAUGCGCCCGUCUUGGAUGAGGAGCCUUUGAGCGUGAACGUGGGGGAGUACACCAUGGCUGCUCCAAACGCCCCCGCCAGCGGCCCUGUGCUCUCGCUGAUAUUAAACAUCUUGGAUGGGUACAAUUUAAGCGCUGACAGCGUGGCGAGCACCGAGAACAAGAUCCUGACGUACCACCGUCUUACGGAGGCCUUUCGCUUCACCUACGCAAAGAGGACCUUGCUCGGCGAUCCGGCCUUCCUCAACAUCACCAAUCUCAUUCAGAACAUCACCUCGCAAUCCUAUGCCGAUUAUCUCCGGGGAAAGAUUACAGACUGGACAACUCAUAACAUGAGCUACUAUGAGCCGGAGUUUUACCUCCCCGAUGACAACGGCACCUCGCACCUCUCUGUGGUGGCGGAGGACGGCAGCGCCGUGGCGGCCACCAGUACCAUCAACCAAUAUUUUGGCUCCAAAGUGAUGUCAAGGUCAACGGGGAUCAUCCUCAACAACGAGAUGGAUGACUUCAGCUCCCCGCUCAUCACAAACGGCUUCGGGGUGCCUCCAUCGCCGAAUAACUUCAUCAGGCCAGGGAAAAGGCCAAUGUCUUCCAUGUGUCCAACCAUCCUCUUCGACAAAGAUCGCCAAGUGAAGAUGGUUGUGGGCGCCUCUGGUGGUACCAUGAUCACAACCGCCAUCGCCCAGGUGAUCAUGAAGGCCCUGUUCUUCGACUACGACCUGAAGAGAGCCGUAGCUGACCCGAGGCUCCACAACCAGCUGAGUCCCUCCACCACUCUCUUCGAGUCGGACUUUGACAAAGACAUCAUAGAGGGUCUGGCGAAGAAGAACCACGAGACGGAAUUCCUCAAGUCCUCAGCCGUGGUGCAGGCGGUGGUCCGCCACAAGGACGGACUCCACGCUCAGUCGGACUAUCGCAAGUCGGGGUACGCCGCGGGAUACUGAGCUCACCCGCCUAAUGCCAUCGUGAUUGCAGAUUAAGAUCACAGACUCUGCGGACUUCUGACAGUUGUCAUUUGCACCGAACACUUUGCCGUAAGGUUCAGGGUUGAUUGUCUAUUUUUUGUACAUCAGGACAACCAAAAAAAAAAAAAA